UCCCAGAACCUCAGAACUUUCCAACCAGGCACAAUGGCUACAACCGUGCCUGUCUUGCUGCUUCUACUGCUCCUUCUUUGUCCUGCAGUCCCUGAGAAGACCCAACCUUGUAAUUAUACCCUGACCUAUCUAUACAUUGGGCAGUCCAUGCCAAGUGAAGACUCCCCCAGGUUUCAGGCCACUGGCUUCCUCAAUGAUAAAGAAUUCCUUAACUACAAUAGUAAAGACAGGAAGGCAAAGCCCCAGGGACCAUGGAAAGACAUAGAAGAAAUGGAGAAUUGGGAGGAGGAAAGCCAGCUUCAGCGGGCCAGAGAGGCCAUCUUCAUGGACACCCUGGAAGACAUCAUGGCCUUUUACAACGACAGCAAUGGGUCUCACAUCCUACAGGAAAGGUUGGGUUGUGAGGUCCACAAUAACAUCAGCAGUGGAGCAUUCUGGAAAUCUGCCUAUGAUGGAAAGGACUUCAUUGAAUUCAACAGAGAAAUCCCAACCUGGGUCCCCUUAGACCCAGCAGCCUGGAACACCAAGAAGAAGUGGGAGGCAGAGGAAGUCUACGUGCAUCGGGCCAAGGCCUACCUGGAGCAGGAGUGUCCUGACUUGCUGCGGGGCUACCUGAACUACAGCAGACACAUCCUGGACCAGCAAGGUACUCACUACUUCCUGAUCCCAUGCCAACCAGGACCAGGCGGAGAGGGCACAUACCUGUCCACCAUGGAGUUGUCGGUGCUGCCUCAGGACAGAGACGCUUACUCUUGCCUUGUGGAGCACAGUGCCCUGGCCCAGCCCCUCUCGGUGGCCUGGGAUGGCAGACAGGAAGCAGGGGCGGGGAGCACUGUGGGAACUCACCCCCAGUAGCCACCAUCUCUGCCUGUCCUGAGAGAGAUGAACUUCAGAAGUCACCAUAAGUGGCAUCAGCCAGGCCCAGAGUGUACAAGGCAGAUAGGUGGGGAUUCGGAGAGAGGAGACAGGAAUGCUGGGCACUGAGCUGACUCUCGGGGCCAGGUUGCCUCACCUACCUUGCAAAAUAAUGGCUCCCAGUGCCUAAUGUGUACAACCUAAUAAACAAUAACCUUGCCUAGCACAAAA